AUGCUCGAGCGGAACCCAUGGUGGAGGAGAUGUUUUCAUUUUGAACCGCAUGUUGCGCGGGAGGCGGCGGCGGCGGCGGCACACGCCGUUGCCGUCCUGGACCCGGUCGGCGGCGGAGGAAUUAAUUGGAAAUCUUCUACCUACGCAUCCGCCCCUUUCCCACGACAACGAGGCGUUUCUCGGUGGUGACGGGGGCUUCAAGGCCGACCUCACAACAGCAGGGACUACGGUGCGAUGAACAGCCGCCAUUCACCAAAUAAAGGCCACGAAGGACAAUCAGCGAAAAGUUAAGUUAGUUGCAAAAUAUUUGGGUGGUUGCCUUUUGUUCCGUUUGGAGGGGAUGCUGGUACGCGAACGGACACGAAUGGGUCCCGGGAAGAUGCAAACCAGGUCAUCACCGUCUCCCGACUUCAAUAUGACGCGCCCGCAGAGUAGUAUUUUGCCCGACUUCGGGGGCAAUCUGCAUCGUAUUUCUUCAUUGAAAACUUGAUGAAUGCACAGAGCUGCAACAAGUGUGUGAAAAAAGCAUUGUGGAGUUUUCGUGUUGUUCUUUUCGUUCACCGCCUUACAUGUAGUCUAGGUAGUUAGGGAAAGUCUUGAUCAGAGCGACGGGCGAUCUGACCGCAACGGCUUGUACGCCGCCGUGGACGGUCGGCGUUUGCUUCGAGAAAGAGCGGAUGCAGAGAGACUGCUAGAAUGGUAUGUAAUGUUCAAUUGAAGUCGUUACCUUAUCCCGCCAGCGACCAUAGCUUGGGGUGCUAGUUCGAGUACUGCGGGUUUGGUGGAGGGCGACUCUCCGCAAAUGAAGCUGAUUCCAUGCACGUAUGUGCAUCUGUUUGCUGCUGGGGUCAAAGGGGCAUGUUGCGUGUGUGGGGCUGGUGUUGUUUGUUGUUGCCAGCACAGAAUGAAGCAAGGAAUGUAAUUCGACGGUUGUCAUCAACGUGCGUAUUGUUUGACGCCUGUGCAGAAUCUGCAAACUCGUCACUUCUUGGAAUCAAUAGUGCAUGUUUCUGCAGCUCUUUGUUUAACAUGCCCCCUUAUGUAUUUUUCUCUUUCUUUGCGGCAUAGACGGUCCUACACCGAUGUUGCGGCAAUCGAGUUGCUUGGUGGAUCUUGGCUAUCUAUAUGGAUACAUAUGGGUUUAUGAACGUUCAUGAGAGUUACUGUAGUCGACGUGUGCUACACCGAGAUGCCAUACACAAUCAGUGGGGUUACACGGACACCAAACAAGUAAAUGGAAAUCACGACACA